AUGCGUUUUUAUCUUGCAACUGGUUUGCUUUCAAGCUUGAGCCUCGAUGCUCUUGCGCAAACUCAGAUUGGACAGACCUGUGUCACCGAUGACGUCUGCUACAAGUUGAGCAUCCCCGAAGCAACAGCUCAGAAUGGCGACGGCAACAUCUUCCUGUCUCUUAGUGCACCGACAAUAUACAGUUGGAUUGGUCUUGGAAUCGGGCCGAGCAUGACGAACUCAGACAUGUUUGUCAUGUACACGAACGGCAACGGGAACGUUACGCUUUCACCGCGCUACUCCGAAGGGCGAGCACAACCUCAGUUCGAUGGAGACCUCGAUGUUGAGCUGCUUAGCGGAUCCGGUGUCGAGAACGGCAUCAUGACAGCGAACUUUCGAUGUGGUAACUGCGCACGAAGUAGAACAGCGAACUUCGAUGCACAAGAUGGACAGUGGAUUCACGGACGACGAACUGGAGACGCUAUGAAUACUACAGAUGUCCAAGCCAGAAUCAUGAAGCAUGACGUUCAAGGUGGCUUUACUUGGGCUUACUCCAGUGCAGUCGGAGGAGCGAGCACGAACCCCUUCGCAGCUUCGGAUACAGUCAUCUCUGGCAGUACUUCUAGCAGCUCUGGUGGUAACAGAGCUAUGCGUAGCAACAUCUUGUUGGUACACGGUAUCUUCGCCUCCCUUGCCUUCUUGGUCUUCUUCCCUGUUGGAGCGAUCAUCAUGCGCCUGGGCCAAUUCAACAAUGUUCUCGGAGUCCACAUUGCUACUCAGGUCUUCUCCUGGCUGCUCUUCAUCACUGCUUUCGGGCUUGGCCUCUACUACGGCAUCACUGGCAACUACAUGACCAAGGCGCACCCCAUCAUCGGCAUUGUCUUAGUCGCAAUGAUGAUCUUCCAGCCUCUUGCAGGCUGGCUGCAUCACAGACAAUUCAUGCGUAGCGGCCAGCGUAGUACCAUCUCCCAUGGCCACGUUUGGAUUGGUCGCAUUGCGAUCAUUCUCGGCAUUAUCAACGGCGGGCUUGGUUUAGAGCUGGGAGGAGUCGAGACUCGAUAUGUCAUCGCAUACAGUGUGGUUGCUGGUGUUAUAGAUCUUGCCUACAUUGCGUCAAUUAUCUACGGGGAAAUUACAAGAAGCCGCCGAACAAGCGUUGCUAGUAGCGGACACGAGAAGAUCAACUCGUCUCCAGGGCGGACUCUUGUCACCGCAUAAGCUGUUGCGGUAUUUAUGCGUGAGGAUUAGCAGUUGGAAGGAAGUAGACAUUUAGUCGUACUCGACGAUAUAUUAAAACAAGUAAAAUGCCUCGUUGCUCCACUACGA